AUUAAUUCUCUCAUAGCAGCAGGUGCAGACAUGUUGAUGCCAAUUACUCUUACUGAUGAGUGUAGAACUGCAGUGGGAACAGUUGUGGACUAUGCAUAUUUCAAAUAUUAUCAGGAUAAAAGACUGUUGCAUACUCCCCUCCAUGCUCUGUCGCAAGUAGAGAGGGAUACUUACAACUUCCGACGAAAGUUACUGGAUUUUCUCAGUGAACAGCUUCGUGAGUGUGUCAAUGCAAAAGAAAAACAGUGGGAUAAAGAAGAACUUAGGAAAAUCAAAAUUGCUUCUGCAGGAGUAAGAAGGAAAUCUACAAGUGGUUCUAUAGGAACAUCACUAGAAAUAGAUCCAACAAGAUUGCCCUUCUUUAAAUACUGCUACCAGUGCGGGCGAUCUGUUGGUGUGACCCUUACACCUUGUCCACAUUGUUUGGAGAUCUUCACUUGCAGCAAGUCCUGCAAAGUCAAGGUUUGGAAUGAACGGCAUAAGCGAGAGUGUUUACAAACAGUGCGACAACGUAAAGGUAGCAUGAAAGGAAAAGGGGCUUCUCAAUCCAGAACUUCAAAGGAAGCUAAAGCAAAGAAACAGACACCAACCAAACAUAAAAAAGAAGACGUAGAAAAGAUAUUGAAAGAUGGUAGAAGACGACGAACUGCUGAGCACGCUAGCAGUCAAGCAGAUCUCCCUUACACUGGGAACUAUAGUUUCAUUUAGAUGUUAUUUUACCUUGAUGUAGGUUUGGUAAACUUGAUGUUCAAAAUGCUGCAUAAGGAAGGAUAAAAAGAAAAGACACUUGGCUUUGAGAUAUAAAUUAAGAAAUGGUGCGUUCUUGUGUUAUUUUUGGAAACCACUCACAAUGUUUAAACGAAUGCCUGGUAUUUUCAUUUACGGAUGUAGUGGUGAAGUGCCCAUAUUUUUCCAAAGUCGAUUCUUUUCAAUAAAUAUGAAACUAAAGAUUUUUUUAUUUUUAAAGAAUCUAGUAAUGUUUACCACACUUUAACUUGGGAAGGUAAGAUGACCCUUCUGGUGAUACACAUGUAUUUCUGCUGUCAGUUCCUGAGCUGAUGGCUAACAUUGAAACUCACAACUGGCUAACCUGAUGUGCUGCUUGGUUUCCAUAACAAUGUGAAUUUUGCCAAGCAGUUGAUGGUUCUGAAACAAAGAUAAAGUACCUAUCUUUCUGUGUUUGUGCUCCCAGAAAUUUGAGUAGCCAGGAAGGGAGAAUCAGUUUUUAUUUUAAAUGGGUAUGAGUAGAGAACCAAAGCAAUUGUUUCACCUGUUCAGUUGACAGAAACAAAGAAUGCUGGACCACAAGGUCUUAGACACAACCAGUUCUCAAUUAUCUGAGACUUUAGGACCGUAUCCUUACGAUCUGAUUUGCAGCAUUAAAUUGGUAGAAUUCAUGAUUAAAAAUUUCUGUUCAAAGUAAUACAACAGCACAGAACUGAUUUUAAUUGAAGCUUAGUUGGAAAACUUAUUAUUGAAUGAGGCUAUUGUUUCAUAUGUGAGCCCUCUUAGGCUUGAUACAAGAUGUCUGUACUUGUAAUUGAGGGUGAAAAAAUGCUAGCAAUUGUCUUGCUUAAGACUACUGAUGGUGUUAACAAUAUUGAAGUAUCCUAUUGCUAUGCCUCUGCUGUAGUAGA